AUGAAUUCCCAAAUUCCUGCAUUGGCUGCUCCCUUAAUUUCCACCAAACAUGCAAAAAUUGAGGAUGCACGGCGCUCGGUCAAAUUUCAUCCUUCAGUUUGGGGCGACUAUUUUCUCGCAUAUAAUUCUCAUGUCACGAGUGUUCUACUAAAGCAGGAUGUGUCGAAGCAUGAAGAGAAAGAACAACAGAGACUAAAAGAAGAAGUGAAGAAUCUGCUAGAGGCAGUGCCAGAUGAUUCUUUGCAUAAACUAGACAUCAUCGAUGCAAUCCAACGUCUUGGAGUUGGUCACUAUUUUGAAACCGAAAUUGAAAAAUCUCUAAGAUAUAUAUACGACACUUACCAUGAAAGUUGUGGCAAACAAGAAAGCAAACUUCAUAUCACUGCUCUUCGAUUUCGAUUACUAAGACAACAAGGAUAUUGUGUCUCGUGUGAUGUGUUCAAUAAAUUCAAGGACCACCAAGGAAAAUUCGAUGAAUAUUUGACUAGCAAUUUACAAGGCUUGUUAAGCUUGUAUGAGGCUGCACAGUUCAGAGUAGAUGGUGAGGACACUCUCGAGGAAGCAUUGAAGUUUACUAUCACUCAACUCGAUUCCGUAGUCCUCCAUGUGAGUAAUUCUGUGUCUACACAAGUUAGGGAAGGUUUGGAAUUUCCAAUUCAUAAGACUAUGACGAGGCUGGGGGCAAGAAAGUUUUUUUCUAUUUAUCAAGAAGAUGAAUCACAUAACGAGACGCUGCUGGAUUUCGCAAAAUUAGAUUUCAACUUAUUGCAAAAGAUGUAUCAGAAGGAGCUAUACGACAUUACAAGGUGGUGGAAGGCGUUAGAGUUUGAAAAUAAAUUACCUUUUGCAAGAGAUAGAUUGGUGGAAUGCUACUUUUGGGCAUUGGGAGUAUUCUUUGAGCCCCAAUAUUCUCAUGGUAGGAAAAUGCUAGCCAAAGUAAUCGCCAUGAUUUCUGUCGUCGAUGACAUCUAUGACAUUUAUGGGACUCUCGAUGAACUUACUCUUCUCAUGGAUGCAAUUGAAAGAUGGGAUCUUAGUCUCGUUGAUCAGCUACCACCGUACAUGAAAUAUUAUUACAAAGCUCUUUUAGAUGUUUAUGUCGAGAUUGAGGAAGAGUUGGGAAAGACAGGGAAAUCAUACCUUGUUCACUUCAUGAUGGAAGAGAAGAAAAGACUCGUGAGAACAUAUCUUCAAGAGGCGAAAUGGGUGUACAGUGGCUAUAUUCCGACCCUGGAAGAAUAUAUGAAAGUGGGAAAGCCAUCUAGCACUUACAUAUUGUUUUCUUCAGUUUCUUUGACAGCCAUAGGAGAGUUAGUGAGCAAGGAAGCCUUUGAGUGGGUAGCAAGCGAUCCAUUAAUCCUACAAGGUUCAGAAAUAAUUGGUAGGCUAAUGAACGACUUGGUAGGAUUUGGGUUUGAGCAGAAAAUAUCAGCAGUUGGAUGUUACAUGAAUCAAAAUAAUGGUGCCUCAAAAGAGGAGGCGUUCGCAAAAAUUCAAAAACAAGUUACGAACGCAUGGAAAGUCAUAAACGAAGAAUGUCUUCGUCCAACUGCUGUGCCAAUGGCUUUCCUCAAGCGAGUUAUUGUCAAUCUUGCACGUCUCUCACAUACUGUGUACAAAGACGGAGAUGAAUAUACUCAUUCGUCAGACAAAAUAAAAGAUACCAUAGCUUUGGUAUUGAUUCAACCUGUGGCAAUACCAUGA